UGGGGCAGGGCCGCGUGGGGCGGGCGUGUGCCGUGAGUUCGUCUGAAAGGCUCUCGCAGAGGCCGUGGGAGGUCAGAGAGCCAACUCAGGGUGGAAGGGGCCAAGCCCGUGACCUGCAGCUGCGGUGACGCUGAGCUCCUGCAGCUGUGGGGCCUGGGCCCCGGUUCCCCAGCGUCCAGACACGGGGCAGGGCGUCAUCAGGGGUCUCAGCAGCCCAGGGCCAGGCUCGCAGGCUGUGCAGCGGGGGCUGGGCCCCCAAGGCCCACGCGCCAGGCAGCUCGGAUGGCCGGACUCCCCAAGGCCAGCCACAGGGACUUCCCUCCCCCGGUCCCUCUGGCUGGUCCCUCGGGUCGAGGAAACCGGCCAAUUGUUGGAGGCUGGAGCCGGGGGCAGGGCCCAGAGGCCUCCAGGAAGCCCCCAGCAGUGCCCUUUGCCUCACUUCCCACAGGCCCGCACCCCGGCAGGAUGAAGGCGCUGGUGGCCGUUCUGCUGGCCCUGCUGCUGUGCAGACAGCCAGGAGCCCCCGUGCAGCCGGGGCGAGGACAGGCACAGGACGAGCGGGACCACACAGACGAGGACGAGGACGAGGACGAGGACGAGCAGAGGGAGGAGGAGGAGGAGGAGGAAGAGGAGGAGGACGGCGCGGCUGCGGGCAGCAGGGGAGGAGGGCUGCAAUGCUACAGCUGCCAGAGCCUGCCCCAGCAGGAGCGCUGCCACCAGACGCGCAGCUGCCGCCCAAGCGAGCCCUUCUGCAAGACCAUCGUCUCUGAAGGGGACACAGGAUCCGGUCCUCUGACCAGCUCCUCGGGGUGGUGCUCGGCCGAGUGCAAGCCCAUUGCCAAGAUGACAGGCGGGACCCUGAUAACCAUCACCUGCUGCCAGACCAACCUGUGCAACGCCCCGCCCUGGCAGAGCCAGCCCGGCACUGGGGCGGGGGGCCCCCAGGGCAGCCCCGAAACUGUGGCCACCGCCCUCCUGCUCAGCCUCCUCCCUGGCCUCGGGGCUAUGGGGUCCUGAGCACGGUGGCUCCCCUCCACCCCAGCCUGGCUCGUCCCCGGGGCCAGCGCCGCAUCCGAGGCUGUCCUCUGCUGCCCACCUCUCCCCCCCCCACCCCACCCGCCUUGGAGAAUAAACUCGGAGAUCCGGCCCCCACUCCUCCCAGGCCCUCUGCGUGUCCUCAGUC